UAUUUUCUAUCAAUACUUCUUAACAUAUUUUAAACCAAAUUCGAAAUGCUUUAAACAAAUCUUUAAAAAUUAAAUUUAUAUUACAACAUGCAAAUCAUUGAAUAUCGCAUAACUUUACCUCUCACCUUGGAAGAAUAUCAAGUGGCUCAAUUGUUUACCCUAAAUGAAAGUUUAAAAGCGGAAACCAAUAGUGGCAAAAUUCUGAUAUUACGCAACGAAUGUUUUAACAAUUAUCCUCUACUCAAUGGCUGCAAGUUCACCUGCGGACAAUAUACAUCCAAAAUCUAUCAAUGGUCUACAAAAAUUCCACAAUUUUUUAAAUCAAUCUUGCCCCACGAAGCCAUGGAUGUGCACGAAGAGGCCUGGGAUGCAUAUCCCUAUUGUCGCACCAUUAUUACGAAUUCCUUUUAUCUGAAAGAACGUUUCUACAUCAAAAUUGAGUCGCUGCACUUGGCCAAUGAUCGCGGAGAUCAAGAUAAUGUUCAUGAAUUGCCUGAAGAGUUGAUGCGGCAACGUAAAGUGAUUCACAUUGAUAUAGCGAAUGAUGCCAUAAGCCCGAAAGAUUAUAAAGCUCAUGAAGAUCCCACAAAAUUUCAGUCCGUAAAGACGGGCCGUGGUCCUUUGUUGGGUCCAUUGUGGCGCAAAACUUGCCAGCCAGUAAUGACUUGCUAUAAAUUGGUAACAUGUGAAUUUAAAUCGUUUGGUUUACAAAACACUUUGGAAACAUUACUACAGAGAUUUGAGAGAAGAAUUUUUACCAAUUUUCAUCGUCAAUUAUUUUGUUUAAUCGAUCGUUGGUAUGAUUUGGGGUUGGACGAUGUGAGAGGGGACAAGGCCAAUAAAUGCGAGGAUGAUAAGUGUAAUAAGAGUGAAGAAAUGGACUUGGCUGAAGGGGUUGAAACGAAGGGAACUCCUUAAGGUCUUUAAAAAUAUAUGUGUUAUUAAUGACCAAUAGCUUGGUUCAUCGUACCACAACAAGAAAUUUAAAUACAAUAAUCCCAUUUCGAAUUAAAUAAAUUAUCUUA